CCCGAGUCCUGGCGCGCACAACACAACACACACACUUUGCUGUUGAGGGAGAUAGAAGUCUCCACGCAAUGUGAAGACACGACUUGGACGCCAAAGAGAUAAUAUACGACGAAACGUUAGAGCAUUAUAAGGCCUACGUGAGUUUGAUGGUGUAUUUGAAUCUUAUUAGAUAUAUACCUGCGUUUUAGUGGAAAGUUUGGGAUCUCUCGCUCUAAGUGAAUGAACUGGGAAAGCACUGUAUUACAACUUGGAUGAACAGGUUCUCUCCUCACGCCCCGGGACAUGUUUUAGCGGUGUUGGGUAGGGAAUUAUUUUAUCAUAGAAUUAGGUGGCAAAUCACCUUCUCGUCUCCACCAUGAAGAGCUCAAGAGGUACAGUAGCGACGCCAUCUUUCCAGUCCUCUCCAAGGGCUGCGCGGCAGAGCGAGUGGCUGCGGAGCGCUCUGGCCCACCAUCACUGCCCCGACCCCGGCGUGGAGAACGAAAUAGUGGUCCUGGCCACGGGGAUUGACCAGUACCUCCAAGAGGUCUUUCACCACUUGGUUUACCCCAAACAAGACGACGUGGUCUCGGCAGAGGACUUCACUGUGCUUUGCUCAGUGCUGGGGCUUACCGGAGAGGAAAGUGAGACAAGGGAUGGAGAGAAGGAAGAGGAGGGAGAUGAUGAGGACGAUCAAGGUAUUUGCUCGGGGCUCCCUCCCUCGCUGCCCUUUAGGGACUUCCAUUCGCGGCUAUGCGGUUAUUUCCGCGUCCGAGAGCGCGAUGGAACCGGACCGGGGGCCAUGCGUCUCCCAGUUACAGAGGAGACAGAGCACAUUGAGCGCGAGAUCCGGCUUCGGUGGCCACGGGUCAGGCGAAGGAAAUGUGUCAGUUUCGACCUCACAAGAGAACAAACCGGGAGGAGGCCCGCGCACAACCGUGAAACGGGUUCAUCAGAACUACAUCAUAAAACAGGCCAGACAGAAACAGAGUGUGUGGCUCUGAGGGAGCUGGUUGAGGACCUGCGCUCUGCUCUACAGGGCAGUGAUGCUCGCUGCCUGGCUCUGGAAGUCGCAUUACAACGACAGAGGGGCCCAGCCAGGCUUACCAUGCACCACUCCAAUGUAGCGACUUCAAACACACAUACAACCUCAAACAUACCAAUUCCAAAUGCCCAGGGACGAGAGAGGGGUGCACCUAACCCCCCAAAAGAAGUGAUCCCAAAUCCAAACCCCCAGGGCCGAGGGUGCGGGGUGGGGGAAGAGAGGGUAGCAGGGAGACGGGGCUCUAAAGACCCUAUCCUCAGGGAGCUGCAGCUGAUUCGCUCCUCACGUGACGGACAGCUGGAGGAGGCAAUCAGGUUCAACCAGCGGCUGGAGGAGGAGCUUGGCUGGGCCUAUGGGGAGGCUCGCAGGCUGGAGGGGGUGGAGUCUCGUCUACGGCAGGAGAACGCUGAGAUCAGGCGGAGAACAGAAGAGGCAAGGGAGGCUCUCAGAGAGGGGCUUAAGAAGGUGAGACUGAUCCAGAAACAGGCUCAGAAUGUCCCUCAGCUCCAGAACAGAGUCACACAGCUGGAAACAGACAUUCAAGAGUACAGAUCACAGUGCACCUGCAGAGGAAGCCACGCCUCACCGCCUCGAGAGCCCAUGGACGACACCUGCCUCCAGCGAGCGGUGGAGGGGAGAGCUGCCUCGGACGAGGAAGAGGAAGAGAGGGAGAGGGAGGAGAGGAGGAAGGAGGAGAGGGGGAGGGAGGAAGGACAGUGCUGCCUUUUGGAGGUGAAGAGGCUCAUCAACAGACUGCACAACUGUGGUAAAGGGUGUCAGAAUACAACAGCCCACCACUUGCUACUCUCCCAGAACCUCCUCCUUGACAACCAGAACAAUCUCCAUGGCGAUGACCUCCUCACGAUCCCCAGGGGGCGGGGCCGCAGAGGUCACACUUAUCAGGAGGAGAGGGAGACCGAGUUAGAUAAGAGGCAUGAGGAGGUGGAGGGAUUGAGGUUGGAGGUUCAGAUGGUGGAGACAGAGAGAGUACGUCUGUCACUUUUGGAGGAGAAACUGACAGACACACUAACACUGCUACUGCAGCUACGCAUCAAGGGUGUCUCUCGUAGGUCUCUGGGGAAGAUGCUGAUGGACACUCUGGAUGUCUGCAGCAAGAGUGGACAUAGCCCAUCCCAUGUGCUGCAGGUGGUCAAUGCCUUCUGUGCCCAGCUUUCGUCCAAUGAGCUGCUGCGAGAUGGGGUAGGAGUGGGAGGGGAAGGUGGCGGGGUAGGAGGAGAGGCACGAGUAUCUGUGUCUACAAGCCAGAGACCCUCAAGCACCGCCAAACCCCCUGCUCAUCUCCUGUUUAGACAACACACAACCCUUUCUUCUCCCCAAACUCCCCAACUCCCCUCCACAAACACUACAUAACUGGUCUACAGCUACAGCACACUCCUAAACCUCCUUCUGAUUAUGCUACUAUACCACUUCCUCUUGUAUACCACUUCCUCUUGUAUACCACUUCCUCUUGUAUACCACGUCCUCUUGUAUACCACUUCCUCUUGUAUACCACUUCCUCUUGUAUAUCACGCCCUCUUGUAUACCACUUCCUCUUGUAUACCACGUCCUCUUGUAUAUCACGCCCUCUUGUAUACCACGCCCUCUUGUAUACCACUUCCUCUUGUAUAGCACGUCCUCUUGUAUACCACGUCCUUUUGUAUACCACUUCCUCUUGUAUACCACUUCCUCUUGUAUACCACUUCCUCUUGUAUACCACGUCCUCUUGUAUACCACUUCCUCUUGUAUACCACGUCCUCUUGUAUAUCACGUCCUCUUGUAUACCACGUCCUCUUGUAUACCACUUCCUCUUGUAUACCACGUCCUCUUGUAUAUCACGUCCUCUUAUAAAGGUAAAGGGGGGUACCUAGUCAGUUGUCCAACUGAAUGUAUUCAACUGAAAUGUGUCUUCCGCAUUUAACCCAACCCCUCUGAAUCAGAGGUGCGGGGGGCUGCUUUAAUCGACAUCAACGUCUUCGGCAUAUACCACUUCCUCAGGAGUAGGCCUAGCUAUGACUGUAUAUAUGAGAGGAAGAUACUACAGAUACUACUAUCUCUGUUGCUCUGGGGCUAUAAGAGUCUUUGUCUGUGUACUGCUACAGUGAGGGAAAAAAGUAUUUGAUCCCCUGCUGAUUUUGUACGUUUGCCCACUGACAAAGAA